UUUGUACGGUCGUAAAGAAAUUUUUUCGAAAAGUUUGUUUUACGGAUUGUCAGGAAAUAGGGGAAGAGAGAAGAGGAGAGAGAGAGAGAAAGCAAUUCAUCGAAUGGAAAAGGCGUCGUCACUUCUCUUCGCCGGAACCCACUUCGACCGGAAGCGCUUCGGCUCCGACAUCGCCCGCUUCAAGCCGAAGGAGCCGCGGCCGCCGCCGCCGCCGCCGCCUCCGGAGGAUGCCAGAAAAGAAGAAGCAGAGCCGCCGGGGUCGCCGGAGAAGAAGGAGAAGAAGAGGAAGCGGAAGGACAAAUCCUCCGCUUCCGCGGAGAUCGUCGAGGGUUUCAACGUGUUCGGGUGCUCUGGAUCCGUUUCUUCUGUGAGAAACCCUAGAUCCGGGGAAGCGGAUGGCUCUAAUACUCAUAGGAAGGAACUGGCAAGGGAGAUCGAGAGAGCUUCGAUUCUGCGGAAGAAGCAUGGGAUUCAUAUUUCAGGUUAUAAUGUUCCUGCACCGCUUGAGAGUUUUGAAGAACUGAGUUCAAGGUAUGGCUGCAAAUCCAAGUUGUUGCAGAACUUAUCUGGACUUGGAUUUAAAGAACCUACACCUAUUCAAAGGCAGGCUAUUCCAGUGCUCCUCUCAAGGCAAGAGUGCUUCGCCUGUGCUCCAACAGGUUCUGGCAAGACAUUGGCUUUUCUAUCUCCAAUCCUUAUGAAAAUUAAGCCAGGAACUAAGGAUGGUGUAAAAGCUGUGAUUCUUUGCCCUACGCGAGAAUUAGCUGCACAAACUACAAGAGAGUGUAAGAAGUUGGCUAAAGGAAGGAAAUUUUAUAUCAAAUUAAUGACUAAGGACCUAUCUCGAUCUGGUGAUUUUGAAAAAAUGCAUUGCGACAUUCUUGUUUCAACUCCACUGCGGUUGGACUUUGCUUUGAGGAAAAGAAAGCUCAAUUUAAGUAGGGUGGAGUACCUUGUCUUGGAUGAAUCAGAUAAGCUAUUUGAGCUUGGAUUUGUUGAGCAGAUUGAUUCUGUUGUUAAAGCUUGCUCGAAUCCUUCAAUUAUUCGUUCUUUAUUCAGUGCCACCUUGCCUGAUUCUGUUGAAGAACUUGCGCGUUCAAUAAUGCAUGAUGCAGUUCGAGUCAUUGUGGGUAGAAAGAAUUCUGCUUCCGAGUUGAUCAAGCAAAAACUGAUUUUUGCUGGAAGUGAGAAGGGAAAGCUUCUUGCACUUCGUCAAAGCUUUACUGAAUCUCUAAAUCCUCCAGUAUUGGUGUUUGUUCAAAGCAAAGAAAGAGCAAAGGAACUGUACAAGGAGUUAGCAUUUGAUGACAUUAAAGCUGAUGUGAUUCAUGCGGACCUCACUCAGCAGCAGCGAGAAGAUGCUGUCGACAACUUUAGAGCAGGAACGACGUGGGUUCUGAUAGCAACUGAUGUCAUUUCACGUGGCAUGGACUUUAAGGGCAUCAAUUGUGUUAUAAACUACGAUUUUCCCGAGUCAGCUGCGGCUUAUAUUCACCGGAUAGGUCGGUCGGGAAGAGCCGGUAGAACUGGGGAGGCAAUUACGUUCUACACUGAAGAGGAUAAACCAUUUUUACGGAACAUAGCCAAUGUGAUGGCAGCUUCAGGAUGCGAAGUUCCUUCAUGGAUAAUGGCGUUGCCGAAGCUCAAACGCAAAAAGCAUCGUCCGACGAGAGAUUCAAUCUCAACUCUUCCCGAAGACAAUGAAGAAUAAAGAUGCAGUGUGCUAAGCGAGCACCAAAUAUAAUAACAUAUUUUCCACUUCCUCAUCAAAAAUUUUGUAUCUCAGCCUAUUACAUUUGUAUUUUGACGCAUAGCUGCAGAAUAACCUCCCCUGAUUGCCGUGCUUUUACUUAUAUCCGUCACAUUGAUUGUUGGUGAUGCUAUACGUAUGCUUAUUUAUUGUCUGAGUUAUACAUGUUGAUCUAUUUUUUCAUGUAAAGCAUUUGAAAAAGCAUUCGAGGACAAGUACUUUCACUAUUGCAAUGGUCAAUUUCUUACAA